GCGGCUCCCGCUGCUUCCAUCCCGGGUGUCGGUCCCGGGUCCGGCCAUGGACGGGUUCGUGGUGAGGCUGCCCCGCGGGCAGCCGGGGGAUGGCGGCGGCAGCGGCGCGAAGAGGCCGCGGCUGGAGAAGCCCGGCCCGGAGCGGCCGCCGCCGCGGGAGAUCCGCGCCGAGGGGCUCUGCUGUGAUUACCGCAUCCUCUUCGGCAAGGCCGAGGCGGACGAGAUCUUCCAGGAGCUGGAGAAGGAGGUGGAGUAUUUCGAAGAUGAAAUGACAAAACUGCAGGUGUUUGGCACGUGGCACAAGAUUCCCAGGAAGAAGGUCACCUAUGGAGACCCUGGCUUGUCCUACACUUACUCUGGGGUCACGUUCCACCCCAAGCCGUGGAUCCCGGUGCUGACCCGGAUCUGGGAGCGCGUCACCUCGGAAACGGGACACGCCUUCAACUUCGUCCUCAUCAACAGGUACAAAGAUGGCCUGGACCACAUCGGGGAGCACCGGGACGACGAGAAGGAGCUGGCUCCCUUCAGCCCCAUCGCCUCGGUGUCGUUCGGAGCCUGCCGGGAUUUCGUGUUCCGGCGGCGGGAGCGGCGGGGCGGGGCCGUGCCGGGCCGGGCCGGGCCGGGCGGCCCCGGGAGGAUCUCCCUGCCGCUGGCCCACGGCAGCCUGCUGCUCAUGAAGCAUCCCACCAACGUGCACUGGUACCACAGCCUGCCCCCGCGCAGGAGGGUGCUGGCCCCCAGGGUCAACCUCACCUUCAGGAACGUCCUGCCCACGGCUAAGCAGGGAAAUGUUCAGCCACAGGGGUCUUUGGGCUCUGAAAAGUGAAGUUUUAGUUCAUGCUGGAAGCGUGGAUUCAUCUCUUCCAGCAGGUGAAUUCUGGAUUUACCUCCCCGCUGGAGGAUCUCGUGGACAGAAUUGGGUAAUUUUGCUGCUGAAGCCUGUGAGUGCAGAUCUCAAAGGUUUUUUCCUCUGGGAAAUGUUGCUGUGGUGCUGCUGAUCCCUGUUUUUGCUGAUUGCUCCCCUUGUUUUGCUCGGGAAGAAUGUUCUCAGCUGAUCUUUAUCUAAGCAGUGUUCCAAGAAGAUGAAAAUGCUCCGUGGCCUGGAGGCAGCAGUUUAUUAUAAAUAAACACUGUGAGCCACAGGCUGUGAUGGUGUAAAGCUGAUAUUCUACAGGUGGCUCUUUCUGUCAAUAAACUCUGGUUUGCUUGGGGGUUUUUUAAUUAAAAUAAAGCAAAGUGAACCUGACAUGGAGAAGGGGAGUGCUGAGGUGUGAGGACAGGGUGGGGCUGGAUGAGUGUUUCACUCCUGAGUCUUGAAUUCCUUUGCUCCUGAAGGAGGCAGCACAAGAUUUUUCCUCUCUCAGGUCCUUUGUACAAAAACCAAGCAGCAAAAAAUGCCCUUAUGGGGAAGAACUGGGUUGUCCCAUUUCCAUUGGAAGGCUCUCACUCUGAGAGUGUAUUUUCCUAAAUAAUUGUCCCUAGGGAUCCUAUCCUGACUGCCUGAAAGCCACCACCUCCCACACCCACAGGGAAUCCUGCUGAAAAUGAGGGAAUUCUGUCCAGUCUCCAAGAGAUCUUGAACCAUCAAGGAAUGGCAAGUUCAGGGUGAGAAUGGGAACCAGCACAUCCUGUCUAACCUGGCUCCAGGCAUUGGAAUUAGUGCUGGGCUCUGGCCUUCAGUGGUGGGUCAUUAUUCCUGUGGAAUUAAAGCCUGUGAAGAGAGUUGGGAAUUGGUACUUCCCAUUCUCUGCCACGCUCUGUGGAGCCUGAAGAGCUCCUGCAGAAAAUCCUUCUUAUCCUUGUGAACUGUUGUUUUAACCCCUUUGGCUCCCAGCUUGGUGUUUAAGACAUUCCCACACUGAUUUUUCUACCAAGUUUGUUCUUUUAUUGCUACUGUACAGUUACAAAAAUACCCUGAAGUGGAAAAUAAAGCAACUUCAAACAGCA